CGCCGCUGCCCUCUGCGGGCUGGGACGCGCCUGGCGUCACUUCCGUCCACGCCGGAACCCAAGAUGGCUGCGCUCUUGCUGAGACACGUUGGCCGUCAUUGCCUCCGAGCUCACCUUAGUCCUCAGCUCUGUAUCAGAAAUGCUGUUCCUUUGGGAACCACAGCCAAAGAGGAGAUGGAGCGUUUCUGGAGUAAGAACACGAGUUCAAACCGUCCUUUAUCGCCCCAUAUCACUAUCUACAGUUGGUCUCUUCCCAUGGCAAUGUCCAUUUGCCAUCGUGGAACCGGUGUUGCCUUGAGUGCAGGUGUCUCUCUUUUUGGCUUGUCAGCCCUGUUGCUCCCGGGAAACUUUGAGUCCUAUUUGGAGCUUGUAAAGUCCCUGAGUCUGGGGCCUGCACUGGUCCACACGGCUAAGUUUGCCCUUGUCUUCCCUCUCAUGUAUCACACCUGGAAUGGCGUCCGACACUUGAUGUGGGACCUGGGAAAAGGCCUGAAGAUUCCCCAGCUAUACCAAUCUGGAGUGGCCGUCUUGGUUCUUACUGUGUUGUCCUCUGUCGGGCUGGCCGCUAUGUGAAGAGCUGAAGUUUCUAGCAUGAUCUUCCUACAAAUUAUUACACUGAUUUAUAUUCAUGUUUGCAUUCUCCUCUCCAGCCAGGGCAGAUCUCUCCUGACUUGCCAGAUCCCUCUGUGCUUGCAGAUCCCCUGGGAACCCUGUAGCGGUAGAGUAGCUUAUGGAACCAGAGCAGUGGGAAAGGAUCCAGUUUCCCCAUUUCUAAAGAUGGAGUAGCUGCAAAACCUUGCUUUUCCUGCCCACAGCUUGCAGCCUACUCUGAGCCUAAGAGCCCUUAUUCUCUCUCCGUGUUGGGCUUUGAUAUGUGCUGAGGGUCAGCUUUUGGCUCCUUCUUCCUGAAACAGUGGAAACAAUGCCAGCUCUGUGGCCUCUGCUCUGCGGACUGGGGUUGAGGUUUUGGGUGCCACUGCCUGUGGGUUGCUGGCUUAAAGGACAAUUCUGUUCAUUAGUCAGAGCCCAGGGCCUUUUGCACCCACACAGCGUGACUGAGAGAUGGGAGGUGGAGAGGAAUUAGCCCGUCCCAGCUAGAGGGAGAUAAAAUGGGUGAGUUGGUUCUUGGGAAGAAGAUAUAUAUCUUGGUACAAAAGGAAGACCCAGAAGACUACUGUUGAAUAUAUUAAAGAUUAUUUCUUUAUCUUGUAUUUCCAGAAAACCAUAACUCUUAAUGCCAUGUUUUCAAACCCAAGUUCAUGUACCAUGUUUUUCUCUAGCUGAAUUAAAACACUCGUUUUAUUUUGGA